AUGGUUCCCGGCUUUUCAUUGCUGUCAACGUCAAGCGUGCCACCGUUUUCAGUUUUAUUAUUGGUCACGUCAGGGGUUAACGCCGUCAUCGGCUUCUUCUAUCGUGCCGUCAUGAUGGGUGAUAUCUCCGAUAUGGCAUGGAAGUAUUUUGCGCUUUCGGUACCUGUGGCGGCCGUCUCGGGACCAGUGGGCAGCUUCCUCGGCUCUCAUCUCCACCGACAAAGCCAAAGAAAAAGGUCAGGCUCGGGGAAUUUCAGAAAGCUCAAUGUUCCCGGUUGCCGUGAAUGCGCCGUGCACUUAGACGUCCAAAUAAAGUCAUUCGAAAGAAUCGGAGAAUUCUGCUGUGAACUGACGGUGCCAGACGAGAUUUCG